ACCAAACAGUGAUACUACAGACACAUGUCACGGUCGCAUACACCACUUUGGCAUACACUACAGCUGGUUAAUUUUGCGCGUUGCAGGCUUUUGUAGUUUUAAUCGCAGGUCUCCCUUGUUUUUUCAUUGAUUCUUUGCGAUGGAUUUGGGAAUUGGAGCAACGGUUAAAAAUGUUCAGAUAGAUGGUUUGGUUGUCAUGAAAAUAAUCAAACACUGUGAGGAGGACAAUACUGGACCAGAACUUGUGCAGGGAGUAUUACUUGGACUUGUUGUUGGGGAGACUUUAGAAGUUACCAACUUUCCGUUUCCUCGUGUCCCUGAAGAUUCAGAGUUUGAUGAAGUUCAAUAUCAGAUGGAUAUGAUGAGAUGUUUACGUCAUGUUAAUAUAGAUCAUUUACAUGUUGGAUGGUAUCAAUCAUCAUUUCAUGGAAAUUUUAUCAACAGACCUUUCCUAGAAUCCCAGUUUUCAUAUCAGAAUGCCAUUGAAGAAUCUGUUGUCCUAAUAUAUGAUCCACUGAAAACAGGACAAGGAAAUCUUUCACUAAAAGCUUUCCGUCUUACUCCAAAAAUGAUGAAAUUGUAUGAAGCUGGUGAAUUUACAGUAGAAAGCCUUAAAGCUCAGAAGUUGGGCUUCACAGAUGUAUAUGAAGAAGUUCCAAUAAAAAUCAAAAAUUCACCUCUUACUGGACUUAUGUUGUUUAAAGUAAAAGAUGAAGAUCCAGUACCGGAAAAAGUUAAUUAUUUGAAUCUUGCUCACAAUACAAGUUUGGAGAGACAACUUAAACUGACAAUGCAAGCAGUUGAUGAGUUAACUCAAGAAAGUGUAAAAUUUGUACAAUAUCAAAGAGCAGUUGGGAAACAACAAUAUAACAAAAAUACUCAUAUCCAGCGUAGAAAUGCAGAGAAUAUUCAGAGGAAGAAAAACGAUCAAGAUCCACUUCCUGAAGAAGAUUUGUCUAAAUUAUUCAAACCAGUUGCCCAACCACCAAGAAUUGAUGCCACUUUAGCUGCAGGACAAGUAAAAGCGUUUUGCGGAAAUGUCAAUACAUUUACAACUCAAAGUUUGGGAAGAAUAUUCAUGGCUCAAGCUUUUGAUAGUGCAGAGAAGUCUUGAGAAAUUUUUAAUUGUUUGUGUAAAUAACUACCCAGGAGGAUGAAGGAACUAUAUAUCAAGGAUAUCUGUUGGAGGUUUUCAAUAGCUAUGUGCCUUGUUUGAAUUGCUGAUCAGAACUUGAAUAAAGAAUAUGUGGGACGUUGUA